AUGUCUGCUGUGCCGAGGCGAGCCCAAAAGACCCGCGUGGUGGAUAGCAGCGACUCAUCAAGCCAGGCAUCCGAAGACAAUAGCCCGCCAGCCAAAAUCGAUCCCAAGGCCAACAGAUUCCGUCAGCACUACGCAGCCAUGAAUCCCGAUCGACCUAACGCAGAAACGAACGGAAAGUAUGGAAUGUUCUCUCUGGUGGACACACGUCUUCCACCGCCUGCGACUCCGAGCAAGACGGCAGCGAAGCGCAAGAGAGCGAGCUUGGAUAAGAGGGAGGCUGACAGUAACAAGAAGUCAGGAUUGAAAGACGAUUCCGGAGAUCGGGAAGAAAGUCCAUUGUUCGAGCCGGAGUCUGAUGGACAGCAAGAUGCAGACACUGUUAUGCUGAGUCCGCCUUCGACGCCAUCGGCCAAUUUGCGCCUGCCAAGCCGUAAAAAGGGAAAGAGUACUGCCACACCCCUCUCCACCGUCCUCGCUCUUCGUCGCCGUAGACACAAGCCCAUCGUCAUCGAAAGCGGAUCUUCAGGCUCUGGCUCUGACUCUGACUCUGACUACGACUCCGACACAAACUCUAACAUCGUCGUAGCUACACAAGACAACCUCACGACCAACGCCACCAAAGACCUCAUCGCUACUUCUGCCAUGCCUGGAGAUGUCUCCGUCGUCGAUGAGUACAUCAGUAUUCUCAAGGACAUUGCUACUAACUCUUCCGAGACCGCUAAGCAUUAUCAGGCUAUCGAAACACUCGCCGAAGAAGAAGAAGACAUAUCUCUCGCUCUCGACGGACUUGCCGACGAAGAGGAACAGGAGUAUACCGCCAUUGCGCAAGCAUGCGCUCAGGGAAUACAGAACGACAUGCAAGAUCCGAUCGUGAUUGCUGAGAUGUCCACCAUCCAAGCUGCAAUCACUAAGCGUAACGAAGAAGCUGAGAAGGCGCGCCGAGCUGUACCUGAGAUCAUGGCGAACAGGAAGGAAGUGCUAGAAACGGAGAAGUCACAAGCACGCUACAAGAGAGAGACUUUGGAAGAGGAGAGAACAGACUCCGAAUGGGAGAGAUUGCAAGAGAGGAAGUCGGAGUUGGAGAAUCGGGGUGGCAUGGCCAUGGCAUUUGAGCUGGGCAAGAGGUCGGGCAAGUAA